ACAAAGAGACAAAGAAAACGCUUCACUUUAUAAAAGCGCUAGAGGAUAUCGACGACACGGAAAUCGUGGUGGUUUUUUGGUGAUUAAAGACAAACUAGGUAAUACCAGAGCACGACGUCGUCCGGGAGUCAUGGACGAGUGAGAUCUUGAAGGAAGCCAUGGAAGCUUCGGAGGAGAUACUGUUGAACUCGCUGGCGAACUCGGGGGUUCCGGUUCCGGCUGGUGUUUCCUCCGUCCACAACCUCACUCCACCCACCCUCUUUUACGUUUGUUCCCACGCGCUCCGCUUGAUUGACGGCCCUCACCAUGCGUCGUCGUUUCCCGCGUCCUUACCGGAGGAUUCCAUGCCUGAUAGAGUCAAAAUCUGUACGGACCUCGCCUCCGCCUUCAAUAACCUUGGCUUCAACCCCGAUCUGAGUUUCCACAAGUUUCUUUAUCCAUCCAAGGAGGACUUGUACAUGCUGGUCAGGUUCUUGGUCGGAAAGUUGUCUGAAUCGGCCGGAGCUCUAACUUCAGGAGAUGGAGAAAAUGUACAAAAUGACCAGAUUUUAACAGGAUUACAAGAUCUGAGAUUGAAGACUCAGGCACUUGAAUCCAAUUAUAUGAAGCCUCAAGAUGACUUAUCAGUUAUACACAAUGUGGAGAUCAGUGUGGAAGCAUCUAAGGCUACAGAGCAAGAUUCCGAUUCAAGUGAACGUAGUGCAGGGUGUCACGAUUCAGAUUUGAGCGAAAAGGUUGAAAGCUCAAGAAAGAAUGCUACUGGAGAUCAUGAUGGUUCUCAGAACCAAGAAGUGCUUCAGAAGCCAAUGGUGGCAAAAUAUUCAGAAUUGCAGCAUGUUGAUGAGGAGCGAGGGUUAUUGGAAGCAGCGCUAGAAAUGGUACUUGAUGACCAACAUCCUCUUGAGUUUUACAUUGAACAGCUCAAUAACCAAGUGGAAGCCAAAAGACAUAAGCUGAAGGAACUGGAGACUGAAUGCGUUCAAUGCAGGGAUGCAAAAGAAAAAGCUCUGCAAGAGAAAAAAAGAAACCUUGAGCAGUCUCUCAUUGGACUUUAUCCAGAGGCAGCCGGAAAACUUAGGGAAAGGAAAGAAACUGAGUUGGAAACAGAAUCUAUUCUGUCAGAAAUCAAGAGAAGGGAGGAGGAACUCUCUAAGCUUUCAUCAGAUCUUGAGAAACAGCCGAAGCUGGCAUCGAGAAGAUCCUACAUUGAGCGGAUCAAUGAAAUCACAAAGAAUAGCAGGAAACAGGAUAAUGACAUAGAGCGGAUCCUGAGAGAUACAAGGGAGCUCCAGUUGGAGAGUAAUACUAUCCAAGAACGCCUUAAUCGAACUUAUGCAAUAGUUAAUGAGGCAAUUUUCAGGGAAGCGAAGAAAGAUCCCGUUGCUCGACAAGCUUACAGGCUUCUCACAAAUAUCCAUGAGAGCUUUGAACAGAUUGCUGAAAAGAUUCUUGCCACCGACAGAAGCAGGAGAGAUGCUGCUGAUUAUGAGGCCAAACUUGCAAUCAUUAGUGCUAGAAGUUUGAACAUGGACAAGCUACAAACAGAUCUUGAUGCCAUUAGAAAAGAAAAUCACCUCCUUGAACCUGCAAAUCAUUAGUUCAAACACAGAUUGUAAAACUUGUUCAUCCCCAUUAGCCUUCUAGAACCUAGAACUGUGAACUGCCGGACUGAGGUCACUAUUCAAGUCAACCGUGAAUUCAAGAUCACUGCUUCUGUGCCUCUCAGAAACUAGAUCUGUAGAAGGGGAAUUUAUAUGCUUCAUUGAAUACACGUUUAAGGAUCAUUUGGCGUUGGUUUAUAAGAUUUGAACCCCUUAUGGAUA